UCUAACCUAUCUAUAUCUGCUGGAUUUUCAACACUUGAAAACUCAACAACAAAUACUCCUAUGAAAUAUCUGAUUUUGUGGUUGAGGAAGAGAACAGAUAGAAAGAAGGCGGGAGCUAAGCAAUGCGGUGUCAAGCAUUGACCUUUCCUGGUGUACCCUCCUUAUCUUCUCACCAUCCUCUCAUUACCUGCACUUGGAACCCUUCGUCUCAUAAUAUCCCCAUCUCGGGGUUGGGGUUGAUCAUAUUGAACGUGCCUAAAGCUAAAAGAGGUCAGAGGUACUGGCUGAUCCCGAGAGCCUACCGUUCCACCUUAAAAUUUGAGGAGGACGAGGAAGAGUCGAGUCAUGGCUCGAGCUCUGAAUCUGAUCAGUUGUCGAGGUUUGAAGAAGCAGUGAAGUUGUUUAAUGAGAGGGAGUACUAUGCUUGUCAUGACUUGCUUGAGAGUCUCUGGUUUGAUUCCUAUGAUCCUCGUCGUACCCUUUUUCAUGCUCUCCUCCAAUGUGCUGUUGGUUUCUAUCAUCUCUUCAACCAGAAUCACAAGGGUGCAAUGAUGGAAAUGGGAGAGGGUUUGUGCAAGCUGCGAAAACUGAAUUUUGAACGAGGGCCUUUCCAUCAAUUUGAGCAAGAGAUCACUACUGUCCUCAAUUUCAUCUAUCAAACUCAGUUGGAGCUUGCUGCCUGGUACGUGACAUGUAAUGCUUGGUUCCUUUUUCUUCUUUCCCAAUUGUAUUAGCAAAAAAAGAUUUAGUCAUUUUAUUUAUUUGCAUGCAAAACAUCAUAUUGUUUAGUCUAUUGUUAUUGUUAUGUUACUCUUUUUCAUUCUUUCACUAGUAUUUGGGCCCGGACGUUGCUCCGAGUUGGUACUGUUUUACAAAUUUGAUAUACAUUUUUUUCCAUUCCCAUUAAAAUAUAUUAAGGAAAACUCAACAUUUAAGAUGUACAAAUAUAAUAAUAUGGAUACUUAAAACAUGAUUAAUUAAAAGUUGGUUGAGAUGGUAAUUGUGUCAUAUAUAAUUACAAAAGGUCACAGGUUCAAAUCUUGUGCAAGCUAGUUUUACUUUUGUUAAUUGACAUGACUUGUCACUUGUGUACACAUUGGACAAUUUUAGUGGAGUAACAGAGGUGUCACGUGGCAUGUAUACAUUGCGUGGAGCUGCCACGUGGCGUGUAUACAUUGUCACGCACGCCUUUUAAUAUAUUUGUAUAGAUUUUGUAAUAUAAAAACUUGUAAAAAAAAAAUUUCAUCAGUUUUCUUAGGAGUAAAUGUACGACAUUAAUGUGUUAA